AUGGGAGCAUUGCUGUGCAAAGAUUGCAGCCAUGCACAGGAGGACGUGCCGCAGCCCAGGGUGGACUCGAGGGCCGGAGGCCGUCCCGUUGUGGAUUCCCAGCCUGGGAAGUUCCUCGCGCAGGUGAAGCUCUUUAAGCGCCUGCGGGAAGGGGAGAUGCCUGCCCUGGCGAGCGCCUGUGAAGCGGUGAGCUUCAAGGCCGGCGACGAGGUCAUCCGAGAAGGGGACAACGGCGAUGCCUUCUUCGUGAUCCGUUCCGGUGAUGCAAUAGUCGCGGUGGCCGGCAAGCAGGUGGCGCUUCUGAAAGAAGGUGACUACUUUGGGGAGAACGCCCUGCUCCGGGACGAGCCCCGCACCGCCACCAUCCGUGCCAAGUCGGAGCUGUGGACCUAUAAGAUCUCCCGGGCCAAGUUCGAGGAGAUGGGCCUGCGCGAGAAGCUGGACUUUCCACAGCGCAAGGCAGUUGGUGGAGGUGCCAUGAAGCAGCUCGAGGUCAAGCCGCCCAGCGAAAAGUCGGCCGAGGAGCGAAAGCUCAUGGUGGAUGCGCUGAAAAAGAAUGACAAUCUGCAAAGCUGUGUGCCCUUGGACGACAGCAAGAUCACCCAGUUGGUGGAUGCCGCGUGGAAGGAGACGGUGCCCAUUGGCACGGAGAUCAUCAAGGAGGGUGAUCUCAGCGCUGACUACUUCUACAUUGUUCAGCAGGGCAAGUUCUCCAUUUCGGUGAGCAAGAAAGAGGGCCAAAGCUCCGAUGCAGCACAGGCUGCAGCCCAGAACAUCGGCGUGGUAUCUGCUGGUGGUAGUUUUGGCGAGCUCGCUCUGCUCUACGUCGCCCCUCGUGCCGCUACUGUCCGAGCUUUGGAGGCAGCCGUGGUCUGGGUGGUGGACAGAAAGACCUUCAAGACAGUCUUGGCCAAGUCUGCGGAUAGCAUCGCCAAGGAGUACAUCAAGUAUCUCGACAAGGUGCAGCUGCUGUCGAAGUUGAAGCCAGAUGAGAAGGAGGCAGUGGCGAAGGCUCUCACAGAGAUGUCCUUCUCCAAGGGCGAGGAGAUCUUUCAGCAGGGCGAGCAGGGCGAGGACUUCUACAUCCUCGUUGACGGCGAGGUUGCAGUUGUGAAGGAUGGCUCGGAGCAGACGAAGCUGAAGGCCACAGCAGCACAGGCCUCGAUGUUCGGCGAGCGCGCGCUGCUGACGAAGGAGCCCCGCGCUGCGACCAUCCGCGUGACCUCCGAGGCUGCGAAGGCUUUGGUCAUGGACAAGGUCACCUUCGACAUGAUCCUAGGACCGCUGGAAGACCUGAACAAGCGAAGCCAGGAUGCACCCAGCGUGCUGACUAAGAAGAAUGAAGUCAAGCCAAAGGUUGAAGGCGGGGCAGAGUCCUUCGAGAUCCUGGUCCAAUGA